UAGCUAUACUCUCUCUCCCCCUCCCCCCAUGUUUCUCUCUCUGACACAGUGUACCUAAUCCACCAGUUCCCCUAUUUGUUCCCUUUAUUUCUUUUUUUCUCCUUCUCUCCAUUUUUCUGCAAAUUUGUUUUCAUCCCAAACAACACUUUACCCCAAAAUCAUUCUUGUUUUCUUAGUGACACAGAUCUAAAUUCUUUGACUGCAAACCUAAGCUCCAAAGCUCACAUACACACACACUAUAUGUAUGUGUGUGUGUAUAAUGCUCGCGUAUCCGGAGAAAUUUCCAAAACCUUGAUGCGAUGGAGUAGCUAACUUUAGCUGAACAGGGUUUUCAGUUUCGGAUCUGCAAAUCUUCAUGGAGUGAAUUUGUGGGAAAAUGCGGUUAGAACAUCAUGGUCUGAGUCCGGUGAUUUCUUCCCCAUUGACCCAUUUGGAAUUCCGGAGUUUCAAGCUUAGAAAGAGCUUAUAUGGCAAAGCCUGAGCUCAGAAUUCAGAGAUAAACAUCAUAUCUGACCGGAAUGUUUCAAGGAAACCAGCAAGACCCGUAUCACUUCUACUUUCAUUUGCCUCAUAUUGAGCAACUCCCCAUGAAACUCUGCUCUAGUUUUCCAUUGCUUCCUUCCAUUUUUGUCAUUAUCACUCUUCUUCCUCUAGCUCUUGCUGAUCUGUAUUCAGAUAAACAAGCCCUUCUGGCUUUUGCUAAUGCUGUGCCCCAUGGUCGGAAAGUCAACUGGAGCCCUGGUACCCCAAUUUGCACAUCUUGGGUAGGCAUCAAAUGCAAUCCAAAUGGUACCCGUGUGCUUGAACUUCGACUUCCUGGCGUUGGACUCACAGGUCCCAUCCCUUCCGACAGUCUUGGAAAAUUAGAUGCGUUGAGUGUUCUCAGCCUUCGAUCCAAUCUCCUCAACGGAACUCUUCCUUCUGAUAUCACUUCCCUUCCAUCGCUACACUACCUCUUCCUCCAGCAUAAUAACUUCUCUGGUGAUGUUCCGGCCUCCUAUUCUUCCCAACUCAAUGUUCUGGAUCUCUCAUUCAAUAGCUUCACAGGCAACAUUCCACUAACAAUCCAGAAUUUGACGCAACUCACUGGAUUGAAUCUUCAGAACAACUCCCUUUCUGGACCCAUUCCCAAUUUCACCUUCCCAAGGCUCAAGCGUUUGAAUUUAAGCUACAACCAUCUUAAUGGUUCUAUCCCAUCUUCCCUCCAAAAUUUCCCCAACUCUUCAUUUGUAGGGAAUUCUUUAUUAUGUGGACCACCACUUAGUGCCUGCUUUCUCCCUCCACCUUCCCCUUCACCCAAUUUCUUUCCACCCCCACCAAAAGUGCCUCAAAAACCGAGCUCCGGAAAGAAACUCACAAGAGCAGCUAUUAUUGCCAUUGCAGUUGGAGGGGCUGCAGUGCUAUUUAUUUUGGCUCUAAUCAUAUUCUUCUGUUGUUUGAAGAGGAAGAAUAGAGAGGGCAGCAGUGUGUUGAAAGGAAAGGCUACCGGUGGUGGGAGGAGUGAUAAACCAGAGGAGUUUGGGAGUGGGGUGCAAGAGCCUGAGAAGAACAAGCUAGUAUUCUUUGAAGGCUGUUCGUAUAAUUUUGAUCUUGAAGAUUUGUUAAGGGCUUCAGCUGAGGUCCUAGGAAAGGGUAGUUAUGGGACUGCAUACAAGGCUGUCUUGGAGGAGGCUACAACGGUGGUGGUAAAACGGUUGAAAGAAGUAGGAGCAGGGAAGAAGGAUUUUGAUCAACAGAUGGAGAUUAUAGGUCGAGUUGGACAACAUCCCAAUGUUGUGCCACUCCGCGCUUACUAUUACUCUAAGGAUGAGAAGCUCCUAGUUUAUGAUUAUAUCCCCAAUGGCAGCUUGUCGGCAGUCUUGCAUGGAAACAGGAGUACAGGAAGAACUUCGCUAGACUGGGACUCCAGAAUUAAGAUCUCCCUUGGAGCUGCAAGAGGCAUUGCCCAUAUACAUUCUGUUGGUGGUGGGAAAUUUACUCAUGGCAACAUCAGGUCCUCAAAUGUGCUUCUCAACCAAGAUCAAGAUGGAUGUGUCUCCGAUUUUGGCCUGGCACCUCUUAUGAACUUCCCUACUGCUCCAACUCGUUAUCCAGGAUACCGUGCUCCUGAGGUGAUAGAAACCAAAAAGCAAACUCAUAAAUCAGAUGUAUACAGCUUUGGUGUCCUCCUACUUGAGAUGUUAACUGGAAAACAACCACAACAAUCACCAGGGCGUGAUGAAAUGGUUGAUCUUCCUAGGUGGGUCCAGUCAGUUGUGAGGGAGGAAUGGACAGCUGAAGUUUUUGAUGUUGAGUUGAUGAGGUUCCAGAACAUUGAAGAAGAGAUGGUGCAGAUGCUGCAAAUUGCCAUGGCGUGUGUGGUAAGAGUUCCAGACAUGAGGCCCAACAUGGACGAAGUUGUUCGAAUGAUUGAAGAAAUCCGGCAAUCUGACUCGGAGAACCGGGCAUCUUCAGAAGAGAACAAAUCCUAGGACUCGAAUGUGCAGACUCCAUAAUUGCAUUGAAUUCAUUGCUCUCUGAUUUCAAGCUUCCAUCUAUCAUUUCUCAGAAUUCAUCUGAUUCAGAAACGCAAGAUUGUCUCCCAAACCAUACACUGCCUAAUUAGGUAUCCCCAAGGAGAAUCAAAUCUUAUGUGCAUGUAAGGUGUCAAAGUGUGAAUCUAUCCAAUUCCUAUGUUUUUUCUUUAGUUAUGUAGGUUCAUUUUGCUCUCUUCAGGAAGGGUUUUUUUUUUUUUUUUUCAUGAUUUGUUCUAAGAAAGUUAUUUCAAAACCAACACCAUUUGAUUGAUGAUCUUUGUAUUCUUUAAUUAAAAAGAGGGUUGUCUCCAGUUUUUUCUUUCA